UCGUCUUUCAUCUUCAUCUUAUUCUCUCUCUCGCUCUCUCCUCCAUCGAUCUCAACUCUCAAGGGCAAGGAAGAGACGGGUUAUACCUACCUUAUAAGGUAGAAAAAUAAAUCUAAACGAAUACAGAAUGAAUGGGCUUCCACCGAUUGAACCAGAUUACUCAGAAUUUGUUGAAGUUGAUCCCACUGGAAGAUAUGGCAGGUACAAUGAAAUCCUUGGCAAAGGAGCAUCAAAGAUAGUUUACAGAGCCUUUGAUGAGUUUGAAGGGAUAGAAGUCGCUUGGAACCAGGUCAAGCUUUAUGAUUUCCUGCGGAGCCCUGAAGAUCUUGAGAGGCUGUACUGUGAAAUCCAUCUCCUUAAGACAUUGAAGCAUAAGAAUAUCAUGAAAUUUUAUACUUCUUGGGUUGAUCCUGCAAACAGAAACAUAAACUUUGUGACUGAGAUGUUCACCUCCGGGACUCUUAAGCAGUACCGGGAGAAACACAAGAGAGUUAACAUUAGAGCGGUGAAGCAUUGGUGUAGACAGAUCUUGAGAGGUCUUCUCUAUCUCCAUAGCCUUGACCCCCCUGUGAUUCACAGAGAUCUCAAAUGUGACAACAUAUUUGUCAAUGGGAACCAAGGGGAAGUUAAGAUUGGCGAUCUGGGUCUUGCUGCAAUCCUCCGUAAAUCACACGCCGCUCACUGUGUUGGCACACCAGAGUUCAUGGCCCCAGAAGUAUAUGAAGAGGAGUACAAUGAACUAGUAGACAUUUAUUCUUUUGGUAUGUGCAUAUUGGAAAUGGUCACUUUUGAAUAUCCAUACAGUGAAUGCACCCAUCCUGCUCAGAUCUACAAGAAAGUUAUAUCUGGGAAGAAACCAGAUGCUCUUUACAAAGUGAGGGAUCCUGAAGUGAGACAAUUUGUAGAGAAGUGCUUAGUCACUGCAUCUCAAAGGCUCCCUGCGAGGGAGCUUUUGAAGGAUCCUUUUCUUCAAAUCGGAGAUUGUGGUUCUGAUUUGAGACUGAUAGACUUGAAGCCAGAACUCGAUGAUAUGGGCCCUCUCCUAAGGGAGCCUCUCUUGAUGCUCCAUCACAAUAACAGUUCAUUGAUGAAUGGGUACUCCAAUGGCUUUAAUUAUGAACCUGAGAAUGGAAGGGGAUACUACCCGUCCGAGAUUGAACACAGUGGGAUUGAAUUGUUCACAUACCAAGAGGACAACCAUUCUGAUGAUGUAGACAUCUCAAUCAAGGGGAGGAGAGAAGAUGAUGGAAUCUUUUUGAGGCUCAGAAUUGCAGAUAAAGAAGGUCGUAUCCGAAACAUCUACUUCCAUUUCGACAUUGAAACAGAUACGGCUUUGAGUGUGGCAACAGAAAUGGUUGCUGAGUUGGAUAUCACUGAUGAAGAUGUGACUAAGAUAGCAGAUAUGAUCGAUGGGGAGAUUGCUUCAUUGGUGCCUGAAUGGAAGCUUGGGCCUGGCAUAGAGGAAAGCCCCCUCUUUGUAAGUGCAAGUGCAAGCUUCUGUCACAGUUGUGCCUCCAAUGGCUCUUCCACUGGUUCCCUUAUAGACUAUAUCUCUAUGAAUAAUCCAGGAGCCAGGAACCUACAACUACUCCAGUGUUCUCUUCAUGGGUGUUCUGCAACACAUGGUCGGUUUGAGGAGAUUACGUAUCAAGUUGAGGGGUCAGAGCAUUAUGUAACACAGGGUGCACCAAUCCUAUCAAACAAUUCUGAUGGUACAGGGUAUGUUGAUAUCUGGCCUCAGCAUGAAGGCCCUGAAUUAAGUUUUGAGUCCUUUGGGGAGGAGACCCAUUCUGAUGUGGAACAUGAGCUGGUGGAUCAAUCAUUCUGUUCCAAAGUUGAGAGAGUGAUAGUUGUAGACAAACAAACAGAACUCAAUGCGAGGAGCUCCAUGGACCCGUUAGCAGACCAUGGUUCUAUUAUUCCUUUAUCAGCUUCUGACUUCUCAGAUGAUAAUUACGAUAGUGAGAUCAGGCAGGAAUUGAGAUGGCUAAAAGCAAAGUAUCAGAUGGAAUUACAGGAGCUCCGUGAUCGGCAAUUAGGAAUUAAGUCAAAAGCUUCAUAUCCAAGGUCUGAAAGCAAGGAACACAAUAUAUAUUAUGCCAAAACCCCUUUACAUGGAGAAAACAGUGAAGACAACUUGAAAUCUUUGAUAUCUAGGAAGCAAUUAACUUCAUAUUUCCCUCUUCAUGCCCAGAAGAUCUUCCCCAAUUCUGAGACCCCAAGGACUCAACAUUGUGAGGCCAUUGACGUAUCUUCUAGUCCAGAGUACAUGGCCACUGCCAAGAGUUUCUACACAGGGUCUCUUCUUCCGCAACCUAUUCACAGGACAACAUCCCUUCCAGUUGAUGCUUUUGAUGUUUAAAUCUCUGAAGGCCCUCAAAUUCUUUCACCGGGUCCUCACACACAAGCUGUGUAUUUACAUUAUUACUAGUAUUCUUCCUCCCCUGUUGGAGAAAGCCAAAUAGAGAAGAACAUGAGGUCUCUGUAAAUUAUGAGCAAAGAUGUAAAAUUUUUACAGCUUGUAGGAUUCCCGAAGGGUGAAUCACAUUACCCAUUUACUGUAAGGUACAAAAACAAUUUUUUCUGAUGAUUUCAGAAAUUGGAAGAGAAAAGUUAGUCUAUAAAUCUAUGGAGAGAGAACAGAACUCCAGAUGCUUAUUAGCAAUUGAAUU